AAAACUUUUGACUUUAAGAUUUUAUUUUUAUGUACAACAUAUUAUUAUAUAAAUUGGUACGUAUGAGUUAAUUAAUUUAAUUAUGAUUUUAAUAUGAACAAAUUAUGUCAGAUAGUAAUUAAUUAAUUUACUUUUGUUCUUUGUUGAUAUUCUAAUUAUUACAUGUAUAUUAUAAUAUUUUACAGAUCGUUGCAAUAAUAAAUCGUUUUGCAUAAUAAAGAAAACAAAGAAUAUAUACUUCUUAACAAGUUAUAUCGAUAACCAUUUCCAUGUUGAACUGUAACAAGUAUAAUCAUUUUAUAGGUAAGUACUUAGGUACUUCUUUAAUAGACAUUUUACACCUAUGUUGUAGGUGGAAAAUUGGGAAGGCAAAGGAUUAUUAUUUUUUUUUUAUUGUUAUUAAAUCAAAGAAAAUGUGUAAACAUAAAACAUAGUACAAUUUACAUACUUAGUAUCUCCCUUGAACUUAUACCUACUUUCUAUAAACAUAGCAGAAGGUGAAGGUAGGGAGUUAAAAUGACAAUAUAAUAUAAUAUAUAAAUUAUAGUACUAUAUUUUAGGUAAUUUAUUUUACACACAGAAACUAACGAUAAAUUAUUCCAAUUAAAAACUAUUCUUUUUAGGUUAUUUGGUAUUAAGGGUAUUUGGUUGUCUAUUACGUUUUAAUAACCAAUAUCGACAUUUGUUAAGAGUGUUAUUAGUUUUUUUUAGAAAAACUGUUGGGAAUCUAGUAAUUUUUAUCAAAUAAAGAACCAUUAGGUUAAAUUUUUAUCAUUUAUCAUUAUUAUUCAUAAUGAGCAAGGUGUGCCAUAUGAUGUGUGUUUUUUUUGUAAUUUUUCAUUUUUUCACGAUUUCAUUAUUCAUAUUGUCACACUUUAAAUUUUCUACCAGAAAUAUUGUUCCAAUGGAAAAAUUACCUUUUUGUUGCAUUUUUAAUCUAGUUGAUGAGUAAGUAAGUAGGUAAGCCGUUUUUUGAUUUUCCAAGCAGUUUUUAUAACAAUUUGGAAAACGAACACCGCUUAGAUUUGUUUUUCGUUAGCAGAGGUUUACUGUUGCUUACAGAUAUAAAUUAAAUAACUUAAUGUAUACUACUUUCCCAACAUCCCAUCUAUAACAGUAAUACAAGCAUCAGUAGUAUCAGCUCUUUUUUAUUAUUAUUAUUUUAUGAAGUUGAAAAAAAUCUAAAAGCCAAAUGUUUAAUUACUAUUUUUAAAUUAAAAAUUAAAAACCUUACAUUGAUGAUUAAGACCUUUUUGAAGAACAAUAACAAACGUAUCUAUCAAUAUUAUAAUAUUAAUAUAAGAGUAUAUUAUAUAAGUUUGUAAAUAUUAUAAUACUGAUUAGGUUACUGAUUUAUCAUAUUACUGCAUUUCCAAUUAUUAUUUGUAAUAAUAUGUUAUUCUUUACCUGUCUAUUAUGUUUGCCACUUCUCUACUAUUUUAUUUUUCUUUCUUUUUUUUUAUUAUUUUAAUGUUUUAUAACAAUGUGUUAUUCUUUACUCGUAGGCGAUCUGUUAAUUUCAUAACUAAAUUUACAAUGUAAUCUAUUAUUUUUAAUACACAUAAUAAUAUAAUGCAAUAAUAUUAUUGCUGCAAUAAAUAAAAUUCAGCUAUAAUGGAAUAUUUGAUUCAAUCAAUUAGGCGUGUUGCAAUUAGUGUCGUCAUUUGAGUUUUUGAGAGGAGCCCUGACAAUUAUAUUUUUAUCACAAUACAAAUAUCCUUAUUAUAAAAUUUUAUACUUACUUACAUAGGCAUCAUUUUUUCGAGAGACAACAAUGACUAAAUAAUAAAUAUCUAUGUAGAGUAUAACUAAAUAACCUAUUAGCUACUAGGUAUAUGACGAUUCAAUUUGGGGAGAAUUUCCCCCUAAUUUAUGUUCUGUUGAUGUCAAUAUGUAUGGAGUAUACAUGUAUUUACAAAAAACAUAACCAUGUCACCAUGGACAUUAAUAUAAUCAUAGAAUAAAUUAAAUAAGAAUAGAUACUCUCCAAAAAUUUACAUAGACUCUUAUGAGAAGGAAAUUUCAGCUAAUGUACAAUAAAUCAAUGUUAACAAAAAGUACAAUAAAACAAAUGUUGUAUAGAAUUAUUACACUUAUCACAAAUAAAUCUUAAAAACUGUAGCUCAGAGUGGCCGUAUGCAACAUAAAUCAUAAAUUAUGUUUGCAGGCUUGAGUCCCAAAACUAACCCAUACUCGGCCCAAUAGAGGCCAGCUGAUGACAAGGGGGGAAAUGCCUUCCUUACCCUUCCUCAAAUGAUGCCACUAGUUAGAAUGAGUUAAUUUUUGGUAAACAGUUUACUACAUUCGUUGCUAUUGUUUGCCACUAAGUUUUAAUGUCAAUAUGUUACCAUAACAUUUUAUUUAAUGUACAGCAUGAUUGCUGAUUCUUAUAACCUGGUUGUAGAAAGUACUUUCAGUUAUUAAACAAUAGCCCCAAAACUGCAGUUUGUUCGUUGAACUAUACUUAUAUAGUAACCAGGUUGCUCAAAACUACAUAGAUAAAACACGCCUAAUAAUAAUAAGUAAAAUAAUCAGUGAUUGUAUUUUAUCCUAUGCAAUUUAAUUUUAAAAUGAUUUGUAAGUAUUAAAAUUUCAUAUAAGGUUAUUCUAAUUUCUAGGUAGCACAAAUAUUAUAUAAAACCUAAUGAAUUACAGUGCGAACACGUUUAGUUUGUUUUUUCUGUAAUGCACGUGUAAUGAAAAAUAUAAAUAAAAAAUAAUUUUCUUAAGCUACAAAUAUGCAAUAGCUCGGAAGGCUGUUAAAGUCAGAAAAAUGAAACACAGAGACAUAAUUCAUAGGAACGAUAAAUACAGGAAAGGUGUUUUAAGGAAUAAUAAAGUGUGGGAAAUUAUAAUCAGGAAAAACGUUUUCCGGAAAAAAUAAAAAAUUUAUAUUAUUUGGAAGAAUAAAAAAAGAAUAAUUAUUUACCAAGAGAGAUGUUUCACCAUAAAUUAAUUACCUACAUGAAAAUACAAAUUGGAAAAAUAAAAACUGGGCGUAUAUUUCACUACCUAUUUCACUAUUAUCAACAUUUUCUAAUAAAAUUUCUUUCCCGGUAAAACUUUUCUGUUUUUAUUUUCUAAUUUUUUUAUUUCCGGUGAAAUAUUUGUAAUUUUCUAAGUAGAAAUGUAUUUCUGGUAUUUAUUUUCCUGAUUUUCACGUUCCUGUGUUUUAUGUGCCUUCAAGUAUCGUUUAUAUACUUUAAAUUGAAAUCGAGUAAUUUAUUUCUACGAAUUUAAGAGACACCAGAUAUUAUAUUAUAUGGGUUAUGAUUAUAAAACCAAUAAAGCAGUUUUAUACUAUUGUUUUUUUUUUUUGGCCAAUUCAUCAAGUCAUGAAAUAAUAAAUGUUAUAUCAUUACGUUUAGUCAUCGUUAUUGUCGGUUUUUAGUCUGUUCCAAACAAUGAACAUAGCAGACCCGUUUAUAAUAUAUUAUAUAUUCGAAUAUACCUAGUUUAUCGUGUUUAUUAAUAAAAUAAUACGUAACUAAUUUGGGUGGUACCAUUAUUAUAUUGGACUUAAGCGUCUAUAUAUUAAUAAUAAAAACAUAACUGGGUAGAUUUGAACGUACAGGUACUUACACGUUAUUUUAUUUUUACAGUCGAUCAAAGUCUUUGGGAACAGGCCACCAAACCAUAUCACACACAAACAUUUACUUGUAUUAUUUAUACUAAUGCAUCUAUAAUAUAUUGUUAUAAAGGUUACACUUUGCAUUCGUAUUAUAUAUAGGUAUUAUUUACAGUCAACUUCUGUUCUUUUUUUUUACUACACGCAUAUUAUAAUAAUAUUUAUUAUAUACCAAAUAGGUCCAAUGUACACGGUGUUCAAAACUUUCUUUGAUAGCUCUUACAUUAUUUACCUGCAAUAAGCGCAUCAGAUAUUAUUAUUAUACCUAUUACAAUAUUAUGUUCCGGUGCAUCCGAUAACCUUUGAGAGAUCACCAUGUUUUAGUCAUCGCGUGUAUGUACAUAUAACUGCACGGUAAUAUAAAUAAUAUAUAAUUCCGUUUUGCUGAUCACCGUGGUAUUCCAAUUCAUUUACUCGUGCGGUUUCGAAGCAGCAACACGUCAUAUUACAUUUUUCCGCAAAAGAUCGGUUUUUAUUAUUUUCUGUUUUAGCUGGAAUAUAUAUAGUUUUAUAAUUUUUAUUUUUACGUCAUCAAAAACCAUCAUACACCAUGACGAAUGUUUCGUCGAAACCGGAAUAUCCGCACUUCGUGGCUAUCAAAAGGAUUAUGAAAUUACCGGUAGUUUCGUCCGGCGUCAACAAAGUGACGUACAUUUACGUAAAAGUUAAGGUUCGUGAAAUUAUUAUAAAAAAAAAAAAAAACACAAAAUAAAAUUUGAACGACUUUUUACAUUUUUAUGUAUAAAUAUAAUAUAAAAUAGUUUGUCUUGUUAUUGUGUGCUGAAUUAUAGUCGUCAAACAGAAUUAUAGAAUACAGUCUUGACAAUGCGGAAAAGACCGUGUUGAGCGUCGUAGAUAUAUCCACUCCGAUUGUCGUCAAAUUUGAAGACCCAAUUAACAAAAUCGACGAAAUUAUGUGCAAAUCGUUGGAUAUUGUCGAGCACAACGUUCCAAUGGUCACUUACACUCCAGAAGAGGUUAGUAUCUUUAUAAUAUAUACCAGGUGCUUUAGUGUAUAAACGAUAAUCAAAUCUUACAAAAACCAGGCACAGACCCAGAGCAAAGUUUUGAGGAGGGGGAACCCAUUUUUCACAAUCCAAAUAAAAUAAAAAUAUAAUAUAAUAUAUUAUAUUAUUAUAUAUAUUUGUGAUUGGACUAUUGGAGUAUAGUAAUAUCAGGAUCUAUAGAAUUAUAAAAAAAAAAUCAGAGAAGUAAUAUAUCUAGGGGGUGUCUCGGCCCCUAGGCCUCGCUUGGAUCCACCCCUGACAAAAAAUUAUUUCGAGUAUCUACCUAGGAAUGUAAGUAUAAUUAAUUCCCAUUCCUUCGCAAAUCUGAGUCUAAUACAUAGACACAAUGAAAAUCAAAUAAUCGGUUUAAGUUAAGCCAAUAUUGUUUGAUUGUUGUUUGAAUGAAUAAUACACGUCAAAAAUCUCUUUGUAUAUAUGUGACGGGCAAAAGCCGAAAUCGGGCAAAUCUCAGAAAUGUCCAGGCAAAACGCGAAGUGUCCACGAUACUUUGGCAAAACGUCAUAUUUCGGCUUUUGCCCAGACAAACCUAGUUGUGACCAACCUCAUUCGGGCAAUUCUGAGUGAAAAUGAAAUAGAGAUUAUAAAUGAUAAUGAAAAAAUGUAAAAUAAAAACCUGAACAAAAAAAAUUUUUAAAAAAGCACGGGAAAAAGUUAUUGAUGAAUUAAUGGCACAAGCGAAAAAAAUGAAAUCAUUGAGUGAAAAUAAAUUUCCUCCUCUAACAGUCGAAAAAAUAAUGAAAAUUUCAUUUAAUACAAAUAAGUUGGGUGUUAUAUUAAGUAUUGCUAACGAUGGAUUCUAUAAAAUUGGAACCGAAAAUGGAAUUUUUUCAUCACUAUAUGCUAGAAAUCAAAUAUUUCCGCGCAAGGACCAAUUUAUUAUCAGCAAAGAUAUACCGAAUAUCGAAGUGUCAUUGAGGACAACGAAUAUUAAAAAUUCACUAUCUGGGGGACAAGGGUUUGUUUUUUGCUCUUGCGAAACUAAAUGUACUAUAUAAAGAAAUGCAAAUGUAAACAACAAAAUAAUUAUUAUUUUUAGUUCCAAAUCCCAUAGUUUGAACUUCGAAUAUGUGUAGCAAAAAAUAAACACAUCUUUUUUUGUGAUAUUAAAUAAUUUUUAUUAAUGUACUUAAUAUGUAUAACACUUAAUUUUAAAUUUUUUUGUUGUAAUUUUAGAAAAUUGUUAUUAAUAUAAUAUGCAAAAAAUAUAUUUAGUUCAAAAUAUUUUAUACAUGCUAUAGAUUUUCCCAAAUGAGGUUGGUCACAACUAGGUUUAUUCAAGCAAAAGCCGAAAUAUGACGUUUUUCCCGAGUAUCGCGGACACUUCGCGUUUUGCCCGGGCAUUUCUGAGUUUUGUCACAUUUUGGCUUUUGCCCGUAAUAUAUAUAUAUGAUGAUCCAUUUAAGUGGGUACACUCAUAUAUAUAUAUAUUUACGAGUAUAAUAUUAUAUCAAUACAAUUCAGAAUACUUGAGUUUAAUAAAUUAUGACGUACAUACUGACUGUUAUAGUAGGUUAUUUUUUAAAUAUUCAAAAGUGUUAAAUUUUAUUUCUCAUCUAGAUAUCUACACAAAUAUCCACUCCGAGGUAUACAUUUUAAUUUCGUAUUUACCGAUAAUUUCUAUUUUUACAAUACAUUUUGUUAUGUAAUGUAAUAAUAUAUGUCUUAAUUCGUGAAUUAUAGAAAAUACGUACCUAAUUUAAAAGUACUAGGUUUAUGUUCUGAUCGAAUAAUUAAAAUUAGGUAAUUAUAAUAUUGUAUUUGUGAUAUUCAAGAAUAUUACUUAUGACUAAAGAACGGAUUUAAUUGCAUUUAAAACACACAAAAAUUGCAUAUUAAAAUUAUAUAAUUGUAUGCCUUUCAUUUUUUUCAAUUACAUACAAACAUUUUUAUUUAAUUUUUUUCUCAUUUGGAUCAAGAAUAUUUGUUAAAAUAUCCAUGCUUUUCAGUAAUUCACUUUUAGAUUCUUUCAAAUUUUUAAGAUUCAUGGAUAACUUAUCUGAGUGUAAUUUUAUGAAUGCUAAACCACAUUUGACUGCAUUAUUUUGUAUAAGCUUUUUCAGCUUUUCGACUCUUGUAGCAUCGUUUGUUAAACAUGUUUUUAAACUUUUCAAAAUUAUUUACCUAGAAAAGUGCAGCAUUUAACCAUGUCCCCCAUCUUAUAAUAACAGAUUCGGGUGGUAAAGGUAUACCCAGCAUUUUUUUUCUGUAUUUUUUUAUUCUCGAUGGUGCUUUUAGGAAAGCUUUUUUUCCUGAAAAAAACUCAAUAAGUUACAUAUGUAUUUAAGUUUUAAAUAGGUACUUAAUAUAUUAUCAUUGUUAAUCAAUUUAUUAAUGUCGGGAAACAAUUUUUGAAUUUUCUCUAGAUCUCUAUUAACUGCCUGCGUCAUACGUGUAAUAUGAAUUAAUUUCGGGAAAAAUAAUUUUAAUGUUUUUGCUGCUUUGAUCAUAGAAGUACCAGCAUCACUAAUAAAAUGUAAUACUUUUUGUUCAAUAUCAGGAAAUAUUUUUAAGGAGGAAUUAAUAAACUGACAAAUAGUUUCAUAAAUGAUGGAUUCUAGUUCUUUACAUGUAACUAAAUAUGAUUUACUAGGUGUCCCAUCUAAUUUACCAGUUAAUAAAUUUGCAAUAGCCAAACCUAAUCUAAAAUAAUAUAUUUUAUUAUAUGAGAAAUUAAACAAAUUAUUUAUAUAUCUAUAUAUCUAUAUUUAUGUAUCUAUAUACAUCUCUUGGAUCGGCUGUUUCGUCAACAAUUAUGCAAACGUAAUUAUUGCCAAUAUCACUAAUUAUUUGGUCCAUAACGCUUUUAUAAAUAUUUGGUAUGUAAUUUUUUCUUCUGUUGUUUCGUCAACAAUUAUGUAAACGUAAUUAUUGCCAAUAUCACUAAUUAUUUAGUCCAUAACACUUUUAUAAAUAUUUGUUAUAUAAUUUUUUCUUAAAGUACUUUCUUCCGGAAUUGACUUGCUAUUUAUAAUGCAGUUGUAAAAAAUACAUUUUUACUAUUCGAAUUUUGAGAAGCAAUCAAAAGCUGUUUUUUUUUUCUUUAUUCCUUUGUAAUGCAUUUAAGUGUUGAUUUUACAAAACUUACUUGUUCUGGAAUCAUGAUCUAAUAGAUUUUUUUUUUCACUAGACACAGAUUGUUUACAUACGAGACAAUAUAAUACCUUUCCAUCUGAUGAAAGUACUUUAUUUUAUUGUAAGGAGCAAUCCAAUUCGAAAUUUUACUUUUUAAAGUAGAUUUUAUUUUAGGCAUUACGUCGAAUACGUUCAGUGUGCGGUCAAACUGAUCAAAGAAAUAGGUACUAUGGUACCAACAGGUAAACGUACACGAAUCGCUGUACUACUACGUUGAAUUUAAUUACCAUCAUCAUAUAUAUAUAGACGAUUAUCGCUCGCUGGGCUCUCUAAGCUUCUAGAAAAUUCCACACGAACGAUAAACGCCUGAUUUAAAAAUGUGGGAAAAUUGCAAAAAAUUGUAUUAUAAAAUUAAAUAGGCAGAAUAUUUUUAGUAUUUUAAUCAGAUCUGAUUUAUCUUUAUUGCAAAAAAAAAUUGCAGUAUAAAUUAAAUACGGUCUUUACUUAUGACUUAUGACUUUCAUGUUUUAUCUUAAUCGGUGAUAAUAUACAAAUUUAACCCGAAGUGCAAAAUGAGACGUGUGUUAUAAUAGAUAAAAUCAUAUAAACUAUUUUAAUUAAAAAUAAACUAUUUAUCAAUUUUCAUCAAUUUUUAUUGAAAACACAUAAAAUUUGUUUUCAAUGAUAUAAUAUUAUAUAAGCGGAAUAUUAGUUUAUGAGCAUCAUGAUGUUAUAUCGGCAAUAGGCAGUAGGCAGUUCGAUAUUACACAAAAAAACUAUUACCUUUUUAUACAUCUUGAUAACAAUAGUAGGUACCUAUUUAUAGUUUAUACCAGAGGUUCUCAAACUUUUUUUCCCCGUAGACCACGUGCCAAUUUUUUCUGUUUUACAUAGACCCCUAAUAUUGAAUGUUUACAAAUUCAUCAACGUAUUUUUGACAGCUUAUACGGAGCUACUCACUUAAAACUACAGGAAAUGCAAAUUAAAUGUAAUAAUAUAAAAAUAUUAAAAUUAUAUCUUUAAUGCGAAGGGAUGUUUUGGUAGUAAAUUAUCAUUAUUUGGCUUCAAAUUAUUCAGGUUUUAUCUUAAAUCUCCUUUACCAGUGAUUUUUAAUCUAUUUUUGUAAGAAGAUUGGCAACUGUGCUAAAACUAUACACGUAUUUUUGACUUGAUAACUAUCGUGGACUCCUAUUUACAUCUCAUGCAUUCCCAAUUUUCUUUUUCGUUGAUAUGGAACCCUUGCAGGUAAGAAUCGACCCCAGGGGUCGAUAUAGACCACUUUAGGAACCUCUGGUUUACACCUACCAGCUAUCCUGCAGUUUUGGAUCCAGAAGUCACCCAAGGAGGGGGAGGCAAAUUUUCAAAAAUUAAAUUACCUUUAUUUCUAUUUAACAUGUAUUGGAGGCUAAUUUGUAUUAAUUCUAUAAACUCAUAAAAUGAAUGGUAUACAAGUAUACGAUUAUACAAUACGUUAGUCAUAUAAUAUAUUAAUAUGACAUAUACUUUGUUCCAAAUAAGAACGUACCGGGCGGUGGACAAUAAUCGGUCAAAACUCGCGCAGCCGAUUAAUGACAACCAAUCGUAGAGCGAAUAGACUUGACCAUGGGGGCAGGACGUCGUUCCACGAUAAAUUUGUAUGCACCGAGCAGUACGUUCUUAUAUGGAACGAAGUAUAGGUACGUACAAUCAUUGUUAUCAUCAAAUCGUAUAAAUCAUUGGUUUUAUGAAAUACAGAAUACAGAUAAGAUAAUGUAUUCUGCUGUUACCUCAACAUAUUCUAUGACUAUUAAUAAUUUAUUAUUGGCGAUUGAACGAUUUCCGACGAUACGCAACCAGAUAAUCAGAAUAAUAAGAAUCAGAAAAAAAUUAAAAACAAGUCUAAAAUUUAAUAAUGACUAAUUAUUUGUUUAGAAAUUAUGAAACAAAGUAAAUUUUUCUAUUUUAUGUAAAACAUAUUUUUAUAACUUUAUAAGUAUUUAUUAUUAGUAAUAAGAUAACAACAGUAAUUAUUUUUAAAAAUGCAAGGGGGAUCACCCCCAUUGUCUCCCCCUCCCGUGGAUCUGUGCCUGCAGCUACCUAUAUUAAAUUCUGAAUGAUUAGGAAUGUAUUGGUUUUUCAACGAUGUUUAUAUUUUUUAUUUUUUCAUACUGUGUACUAAAAUUUUACCAGAAAUCUUGUUCUGAAGUAUCAAAUAUCACUUUUUGAUUUUUCCAGGGGUUUUCAUAAUAAAUAGAAAAUAUUAGGAAAAAUAACGUGGGAAAAAUGGGAAAAUUUACGAAAAUAACUUAACCUAACCUAACCUAACCUUUUAUAAUUUUAAAUUUUGUUUUUUUGUUUUGUUUUAAUUCAGUUUAAAAUAUUCGUAUAGACAUGAAAUUUGGAGAGCAACCUUAUAUUUGUCUUUUUUAUACGUGGUAAAAUUUUGAAAACAUUUGAGCCAUCUUUGAGUUUCUAUAGACAUUUUAAUUUCGCUAGUUUUUUUAAUGUAAUAUUUAGAUAUCAUGGUUCGGUAUAGUAUAUAUCCACCCGAAAAUUAAAUUUAUAUACUUACUCGUUUAUUAUAAUAUCAUAUUAUAUUAAUUGCUAUUUAAUUCAACAAUUUCGUUAAUGCAAUCGAUAAUGUAUGAUAUUAAUACGUCAACUACUGACUAUGAUAUCACAACGAUAGUGUUACGUAUUAGGUAUACGUUUUUCGAUAUAUUAUUAUUUUCUAUUAAAAACUCGUUAUCUCUGAGUACUUACAGGGCGAUAUUUUUACUUACGUCCUCUCAUAAACGGCAAAUAUUUUAUAUAUCUAUUAUACAGAGUUUUUCAAAUUGUGUGCUACAGUUUUGAGAAUAGAAAUACGUUAGAAGUACAGCCGGUACAGGUACCUUGCUGCUUUUGUACUCUCAAACUGUAUGUUCAGAGUAGGUGGGUCACAUCAUAUUAACGCCGGAAUUGUUUGUUCAAUAUAACGACGAUAAUAAUAACCUAUGUCCACUGAUAUGAUGAUCAAUUAAAACCGACAAACUCUGUAAUUGAUAAUAAUAAUAUGCACUGGGUACCUAUACCUAACGAGUGUUUAUUAUUGUUUAUGUGCAAAAUAUUGUAAUAUACCGUCGUGUUCGAACGUCAAACGUACAUUUAGAUGUUAUAAUAUGUAUACUCAUCGUACUACCGCAAUUGUUUGUUUAAAAUAAAGAACUACUCGUAUUUGCAAUAAUUAUUGUAGAAACUUAACCUAUAUAAUCAUACCUACGUGUUAUUUUUAAAAUAUCGUCCGCUAUACUAAUUAUUGACUAAUAUUGUAACUCAUAGAUCUAUUUCACGACCAAAACGUUCGUUAAAGCAAAAGUCGAACCGGUAUUAAAACGAGCGGAUUCCGUCAAACAGCUCGCCAUGUUGGAUGACGCGCUGAGUGUGGCCGACAAAUACGUGGACAAGUACCUACCCGACAAAGAUCCUGCCGAGGAUGUCGCUGACAAACCGAGUAAGUGUGGGUAUAUAAAAUUGUAGAAAUAAAUUUCGAUACAAUCAUGGAUUAAGAAGAACCUCUAUAAUUAUUAUUUCUUUAAAAAAUCUCCACUUACAAAACUAUUCUUGAAGUUGUAUGUUUAUUUCAUUUAAAAUCACGAUUAAUAACGAUUUGGAUUUCCCGUGAUAAAAUCAUGAUAAUAUCAUAUAAACUAUUAUUAUUUACUUACUUAUUCGCAUAAAAUAACAAACGAAAAGUCCUUCAAAACUUGUUUCAAAAUUUCACGGUUGCUCUAUCAAUACUCGAUAAUGCAUUUAUAAUGCAAAAUCAUUUAUUUGAAAGGAAGUUUUAGUUAUUUUUGAGUAUCUAGCUAACCGAUUGUUUUAGGCACGGAGACGUUCAGCCAGACGGUAAAAACGAUCCGACACGUCAACCACUUUUCCAGGAAAUUACAAAGGCGCUUAACCCGCAGAACGAUUGCGGAGGCAAAAUUGCUAAAAAAACAAGGAUAUGAUACGGUUCAAUGUUUAGUGUAUUUCGCUGAUCUCGUAAGUACAAGCUGAUAAUAAUAUUAAAUUAUAAAUUAUAAUUUUGGAGCGUAUUUAAGAUUCUGAUGAGCACCACGGUUCAAUGAGUGUAUUAUUAGUAUAAUUAUGAUGUGUACGAAUUUCUUACUAUGUGUUUUGUGCCUGUGUACAGCUUUUCUGCCAGAAAUCUUGCUUCAGAUUUCAAGAUUUAGUUGGUAAAUAAGGAAGUCAUUUUUUUAUUUUUUUUAUAGUUCCCUACACGUGUUUAAAGUACCACACGUCAUUUUUUGAUUUUCCUAGGAGUUUUCUUAAUAAAUAGGUAAACUGGAAAAUGUAUGAAAUUUAUUAUUUUCGAAUCGUAAAUAUCACGGUCUUUCAAUUUGAAAACAUGUAUAACUGAACACCGCUCAGAAUCGUUUUUCGUAAACAAUGAUUAAUCGUGUACAGAUAUACAUUAAAUUUCCCUUCUGCCUUCCCAACUUCUCAUCUAAAACAUUGACCCACCCACGUGGCCACGUGCGAAGUAUGUCCAUCUUUUUUAAAAUUAACAUGUAAAUGCGCAUAUACGCCAAUGGCAGUGAAAGGGUUAUGUUUUAAUUCUAACAAAAUUUUAUCCUUGCGGUUUUUGUAUGCGAGUAUACGCCAAAAUAUUUUAAUUAUAUGUACAACCGGCUCAAAUUAUUACCAUGUGUAAUGUGUUACCAUUUGAGUGAAACACUUUUUAUAAUAUGGUUUGUACUUUUAUCUGUAAACCAUCUAUCGUACAUAUAACUCGUAAGUUUUAAUAUAAUUUUAAAGAUAUAGUUUUAAUUAGAUGAAUUCGUUAAAGAAAAAAUACUAAUACUAAAACAGGUAAUCAAACAAUUUUUUUGUUUACUAUUUUAUUUUUAUUUUUUUCUUCUUAUAAUGACGUUAUAGAAAGAAAAAAAAACAAUUGUAUAAACAUAGGAGCGUGAUUUCGAAUUCAUUAUUAGAUUAAUAUAUUACACCAACCGUAAAAUAAACAACGCAGUCGACUCAGAGGCUAUUGUUUUGUUAUUCUUGAUCACCUAAACAUUCGUGAAGAAUUGACAAUAAUUCACACGUUAUAUUAUUUAAAAAUAAAUUAACAAUUGUUAUACUUAUUUAUUUUAUUGUACCUACUACAGUGGAAUUACAUUAUACAACAAAUAGUAUAGUAAAAUGUAUUUUUUAGAUUCUGAGUGAAGCGAGGAAUGUAUUGGUUUUAUAAUUAUGUUUUUUAAUAUUCCCAAUAAAAUCCUACCUUCCUAACUUCUCAUUUACAACAGUGGCCUACCCACCGUGCAAAGUAUGUCGUCCGUCUAUUUUUAAAUAAUAUACCUAAUCUAGAUAAAAACAACAAAAAAUGGAAAUAAUAAUAAUAGUGUUUAAUUGUAUUAGUAAAAAUACGUUUAAACUCCCUUAACGCCAUAAUUGAGCGUUCUAUAAUUUCUCAUCAUCGCAUAGUCCAAACUAUUGGACGGAUCGGGCUGAAAUUUGGCACACAGAUAGUUAUUAUGACGUAGACAUCUGUUAAGAAAAUUUUUUUUGAAAAUUCAACCCCUAAAGGGAGUAAAAUAGAGGUUUCUAGAUAUAUUUGGUAUAAAUAUCUAAUUGCUUAUUUAUUUAUUUUUGUUUGUUCAAGGGUUACCUUGGUGAUACGGAUGAUAAUUUGGUUGUCACGGAUAAGAUAACUAUUAUAACUUUAAUAAUUACUAUUAUUUACAUUAUUAAAAUUUCACAAUAGAACAUUUUUAGUUAGUAGUUUGCCGAAGGUGGACUACCCACUUUCCACCUAAAUGUUUUCAUUCAAUUCUGACACGGUCAAAACCAAACAUUAGUAUGGGUAAAAAAUAAUAUACAAAUUAGCAUGGGCAACGCCGGGUGCGGGACAGCUAGUAGACUAGUAGUAUAGUCAUACAUUUACUUUUUCGUAUAGUUUUCACAAAAUUGUAUCAUUUCGUAAUGUAAUAUACGUAUAAAAUAUUUUAUUAUAGUGGUCAGAGGUCAGACCCAAUACUCGUAAUGUGAGCAUCUAUUCUAUGGUGUGAAAUAUAAUAAUUCGGUGAUAAUAUUACCUGUAGAGAUUUUGAUAUUGUUUGAAUUUUAUCUGUUAGGACUUUGACGUCUUUGGGAUUUUGAACCUUUUGUAUACGAGUAUAUAAGUCCAUUUUUUUAUAAUUCGUUUUUUUUUUUUGUAAUGUUUCGUAAAAAUUUCUUAAUUUGACAAAAAACAAUGUAUCAUAGAAAUUAUUCAUGGACAAAUUUCUGAAUAGAUAUUAUUAUUAAUAGUUAUAUUAUUGUAGUUAUUUUAUUUAUUUUUUUUAUAAUUUUAACUCUAUUUUUAACCUUACCUUUAUUUGAACCCGUGAACUCAUUAUCAUAAUAUAACCUUAUGUCCUUAUUUGUUUAAUGUAAUACGUAUGUACAAAUAAACGUCAAACAGAAAAACAUACAAUCUAAUUAAACUUCGAUAAUAUUAUAGGUAUUAUUGUAAUAGUAUAUAUUUUUAUAUAGCCAUAUAGGUACAGAGUGUCCCACGAAGACAUACCCAUUGUAAUAUUUCCUAAGAUAAUAAAGAUAAUCAAAUUCUGAUGUUUUUAUAUUAUUCACAGGGAUAAGAAGUAGGUACACAUAUUUAUAUCGCAAUUAAUUUGUUAUGUUUUUGUAAACAAAUUUUAAAAAUAACUUUUUUUUUAUUAUUUUUGAAAAAUUUUAAUGUAGCCAUUUUAUAGAGUUUAUUCUUAUUUCUUUUAUAGAGAAAAAAGUGUACAGUCAAUUAAUUGUAAUAAUAAUUAUUAAUUAGAGAAUGCGAUAUUGCGAUUACAGUCUGUUGUAUAAAUAUAGGUACCUAAUUUUCUCUGAACUUUGAAAAAUUAUUAAGAACAUAAAUUUAAUGAAAAUAAAAAGUUGAUACAUCAACAUUUUAAGAAAAAUAAUAAACUCUUUAAAAUGGUUAUCUUUAAAGUUUUCUAAAAUAAUAAAAUAAAAAGUAAUUUUUUUAAGUUUUUUAACAAAGCAUACAAAAAUAAUUUGAAUAUAAAUAUUUGUAGUCCUUAUCUCUGUGAAUAAUAUAAAAAAACCAGAAUUUAAUUAUCUUUAUUAUCUUUAUGGGACACCCUGUAUAGCUAGACGAUCUUAAUUAUCUAUACCAAUUGUUUACUAUUGGCCAUUCUAGUAUUGUUAUAUUACCUCCACGGUUUUAUUUUGAUACUAACUUGUUUAGUUAAAUACUUAAAAUGAUGUUGAACAUCAUUCGAGGAAUGGAGUCAGACGAAAACUACAGCACUAAAAUAUUUGGAUGCUCGGCGUUGAGCGUAUAGCACAAACAAAUCUGAUUAAUGAAAAAUUGUAAUAAAUCAUAAGCUUUAAGAUAUUAUUAUGAAUUUUAUGUUUUCAAAAACCAAUUUAAAAGAAUUGAUACUGCUGAUGGAUGCGUCAUUUUUGUAGGGGGGAAGAUGGUAAUGUAUAGUAUUUAUAAUGUAAUUUAGUUUAUAUCUGUACUCAACAAUAAAUCACUGCUAACGAAAAAUAAUUUCGAACAAAUCUCGAUUAAAUAUUUUAAAAUGCCACAAUUUUAAUAAUUUUCGUCAACAUUUGAACUUAGUAAAGCGUAUAAAAAACUAUUAUAUUACGCACACAUUUUUUUAUUUGGCACUAAGUGACUACGUCUUUUGAUGAAUCUAUGUUAAAUAUUAUGUUAUAUUUUAGAAGACUCAUUUGUGUUAUUAUUUUUGAGUGUUUGAAUUUGUAUUAACAUUAAAUAGUAAAUAUUAUAGCAAAAUUCGACUUUAGUUAUGGAACUCUGCCGCUCAAGGGUAUAUUUUUUUUUAUUAUAAACCGACACAGUUUAUUUAGUGUUUGCGGUUGUGAUAUUACCAGUCGAGCCAAACUAUACCUACACAAUAAUAAUAAAUUGAUGAAUGUAUUUUAGUUAGCUAAAGAUCCGAAAGCGUUCGCGGAGAAAAUGCAAGCCAUAUGGAAUCAUUUAAGCGAGGACGAACCCGAAAACCAAAAACCACCAGAGAACGUAGAGCAACUCAUCGAAAUGUUGUCCAGGGAGGGUGCUAGACGUUUUGUGCAUGUAACCAACUUUGUUGCGAAGUACGUUUACUUGGCGCCCACGAACGUCAAACUAGCAUUCACCUACACGGCCCAGGAGAUCGCAGUUUUGGUAGACAAAUUCAUAAAGGUGUGACGAAUAUAUAUUCAUUUUUAAAAAGAAAAUAUGCAAAUAACAAAACAAGUUCAGUAUUUCUGAGUCUUGUAUAUUAUAGGCACUUCAAACGAGAGUAUUCGGUGGUAUAGCUAGGAUUUUAAAUAUAGGGGGUAAAAAAUACGCUUUUGUUUGAGAAAUGGGUAUAGAUAAGGAUUCGAGUUUUCGCUCCCCUCCCACAAAAAAAAUUAGAAAAGUGGUUUUGUCAAAAUUAAUUUUAGUGUGAGUAAUUGGUACUGCAAAAUGUACAUGAAAAAAAAAAUUAAUAAUGAAAUAAUAGAAUAUGUGUCAUAUCUUAACAAAACUUGUAACUGUUAUUACUCGGUACUGAUUUAAGACAAUUGCAUCUUCCUAGGAGAAUUUCGACCAAAGGCAAAGAAUAAUUAAUUUUCAAGCCGCUUCUAACACAUAGAAUCAAUUUUUUUAUAUAUAGUGUUCUUCCUAAAAACGUUUUCAUACAGUUCAAUGUAAAAAAAAUAUCGUACUUUUAGGAUAAGAAGGAUUAAUUUGAAACGUUGUGAACACUCAAAUCGAAAAAUAGUAUACAUGUAUAAACACGGUACAUGUGAAGGGGGUUAGUCACCUUAGCCCUCCACCAUAUAAGUUACACCACAGGGAGGAGUUAUGGUUUAGGUUCAUCUCUCUAAAAAAAUGAAUCAUUGACAUUUUUUUUUAUUACCGAUCUAAAUCCUAUUGAAUAAAUCAAACAAUAUUAUAACUUGUCAAAUAGAUCUAUUUGAAUAAACUAUUAUUUAUAUAAUCUAUAUAAUCUAUUCAAACUGUUGAAUACCUACUUACAUAGUAAGUAAAUUAAUAAUACGAGUAUGUACAAUAAUAUUAUUGAUACAAUACUUAUUACAAUAUGCUUACUCAAAAAUUGUUUACACCAAAGUUCUGUUUGACAAAUUACAAUAGUGUUUGUGUGUGUUCAUAAUAUUAAUAGUUCGGUGAACUGUAGACCUUGGGAAUAUAAUUGAAAAAACUGAAAAUCAACAAGUAUAAUAAUUGUAUAAUUGUACACAGUACAAUACGUAAAAUUGAUACACAAGGGCUUUUUUUUUUAAAUUCAUAAAUCAAAUCAAUAAAUAAAUAAUUACUAGAUAAUGAUGAACAAUCUAAAAAUCACCUUUAGCUGCAAGACGUAAAAGUGAGAGUGAGAGAGAGAGAGAGAGAGAGAAAUAGACAAAAUUCUCUAUAAUGGAUGUAUGGCCCAUGCAGCCUAAGUCCCUGUGCCCCUGUCCCUGUACACGACCACAUAAACGAAAAAUCAAAAUCGGCUAGAUGUACACACUCGUGCGUACAUACUAUAGCAACAAAAACAUUUCUCACUUUCACGAUUUCGACUCUCUGGUUGAGUGUAGGACAAUAUAAAUACAUUUUAUAAAAAAAAAACAUGCCUUGACCAAUAGGUUUUUUUUUUGCGUGCUAUAAUAUUUCUUUUAAUCCUUAAUUUUCUUUAAAAAAAAUCAUUAGGUCAAGGCGUAGUAGUCAAAUUUGAUAUCAUGAAUAUAAUAUUAUCUAACGUUUUAUUGGAUGUCGUUUUCAGUUAGCCAAUCUGGAAAAAGCGAAAGGCACGGCCAUUGAAUUUACCAACGCGGAAUUAGCGAAGUACAAACAGUUCGUGGACAACCUGAAGCAAUUGAUACAGGUAAACAGCAAAGUAUAUUUUAUGGCGUCGUUUGUUAUAAUGUGUUCGUCUGGGCGACUUUCAGGAGUACUUGUCGUCGUUGUCGCCGAGGAUCAGCGAGCCGAACAAGAAAGACACGGAGAAGAAAGAUUACAACAAGAACGGCGUUAACAAGACUAAGUCGUCCGAGCGGCCAAAAGAAGACAACAACAAGAACAACGCCGCAACCGUCCCGAAUAAUUCGCCGGCAAAGGCCAAACAUUCUUAACUCUAUACCUACAAUAGUUAACAAUGUUGCAACAUCAGUAUAAUACAACAUUAUUAAUUAUUAUUAUACUGAAUAACAUAAAUAUGUUCUUUCGUCGAUUUUGCGUUUUCCCCCAUUCAAAUUUAUCACAUUUUAUUUUACUUUAUUGUACUUAUAUCAUUGAACCGAUAUUAUAUUUUAUUACGCGGUAAUCAAUUCAUAUUAUUAUAUUAUUUGUAUUUGUUUUUAAUCCGUCGGUUAUUUUUUGGUUCUAUCAGAACUAUAACACAAAGGCGUUAUACGCGUUUCAUCGUGUACCUACGUGGUUUAUACGUCACGUGACUGACCGAUUUGCUACGAUCCAAUAAUUUAUAACAGUUAUAUUCUUCAAUAAAAUACAAUAUGCUACAAAAUAUGUAUUCAAUCAUCAAGAGCCCAAGAAAAUUAACCAAUUACUAUUAAUUAUUCAUAUUGGUAAUAAAUAUGCAUUUCUAUUUAUUCACUACUCGUUUUUUAAAACAUUUAAGAAACAACCGGAUCUAAAAUUUUACAUUUUCAUCAACCAAUUUUUUUUUUUUUUUUGUACCUAUGAGCAUAUUAUUUUCUGCCAGUAAACUUGUUUCGAAGUAUCAAGUGUAGCAAUUUUUUUUAAAAGAAAAUUUUCUCUAGUUAGUUUAAAUAGGAAAUUUUUUGAUUUUCCAAGGGACUUUCAAAAUAAUUUGGAAAAACUAAAAAGAAAAUUAUAGGUAAAAUGGCAAAUAUGUGACGGCAACGUGGCGUCCCGGUUUAAUUAUUUUUAAGUUUUGCAAACGAUGUUUUCUACCAAAAAUAUCGUCUCAAUUAAAAUUGACAAGUUAUCGAUUUUACUAAAAAUUAGGAACCUUUUAGUAUAUUACCACUGACAAAGAAAGUCGUUUUUAUAAUAAAACUCCUAUUAACUUUUCAAGUAUUUCUGUUGGGUUAAAUAAUUAUACCUACAUAGUACCUAUAUACCAAAGAAAAACUACAUACAAAUCUCGCAAACACCAAAUGCCUGUAAAUAACUCAAAAAUCGCUAAAAUGUUUUUUAAAAUUUU